AUGGUCCAAUGGACAGACUCCGAACGCAAGGCCAUUCAGGCCAUCUGGAGUAAAAUUAAUAAGGAUGCGGUCGGGCGGCGGGCUCUGGCCAGGUGCCUUAUUGUCUACCCUUGGACUCUGCGGUACUUUGGCUCCUUUGGAAAGCUUAGUGACCCUGCGUCCAUCAUGAAUAACGCAAAGGUGGCAGCACAUGGAAAAGUGGUUUUGAAUAGUCUAGGUUUGGCUGUGCAGAACAUGGAUGACAUCAAGAGAACAUAUGCUACGCUCAGCGUGCUGCAUUCUGAGAAGCUUCACGUGGAUCCGGACAAUUUCAGGCUCUUCGGUGACUGUCUCACCAUUGCAGUGGCUUCCCACCUCGGCCGCGCCUUCACCGCAGACAUCCAAGCGGCGUGGCAGAAAUUUCUGGACGUGGUUAUUUCUGCCCUUGGCAGGCAGUACCAUUAG